GAACUUACAGAGAUCCGCCUGCCUCUGCCUCCCAAGUACUGGGAUUAAAGGCAUGCACUACCACCACCCUACCCAGCUAAAGACAUUUUUACCAUGAAUCUUUAGCACGGGGGUAAGGCAAAGAGAUGCUCAGGGGAAGAAUAGGUACACCUAUGUGUGGAUGUAGGAUUCUCAAAGGAGUGCUCUAUGCAUGGUUUGAUUCGUUUUAUUUUACUGUUUUAUAUAUUUGAGUGGCUUUGCGUGCGUGCGUGCGCGCUUGCGCUUGUGUGUGUGUGUAUGUGUGUGUGUGUGUGUGUGCUCGCCCGCGCACGUGUACCAUGGGCCUGCCUGGUACACUUGAAGAUUAGAAGACAGUGUCAGAUCCUCUGGAACUGGAGUUUAUUGUAAGCCAACAUGUGGGUUGGAAUCAAACACAGUUCUCUGCAAGAGCAACAAGAACAAGUGCCCUCAGCCACUGAGCCCACUCCAGCCCACCUUAUUGUUUCGUCAUAUAUAUGUUGCUGACCUGAACUCAGGUCCUCAUAUUUGUGCAGCAGACACUUUACCAACCUGUCUUUACAGUGACUAUGUAUACGAUCUGUGACUUUUUUUGUUGCGUUACUCAGAGAGUAUAAUUUAAAAGAAGGCUUAAAGGGUAGAGAAUUUCCUUUUGCAAACAAAAUUGCAAAGUAUAUGUUAUUGUUUGGGUUUGGAAAUGAGAGCGAAGUUUUACAUAUAUAACUCAAGGUUAUAUAUGUAAAUCAUUUCAGCUGUAUGUCGGCAUGCUUUGUUUAUCGUCUUUGACAUAACUAUCUGAGAUGUCUCAGGAAAACAUCCAUUGUCUCUGCACACAGCUUUGGCUUUAUUGGUGGCCCAGAGCUUCCUACAGUUAACACGAUAAUUGUUGCUGUACAGAAUCCCUUCAGCUAUGGAAUAUCUGUGUAGAGUGUGUCUGAUAGAAUAAGCAGUCAAGCGUCUUUGAGAUUUGGGAACACAGAGACUCACUGCAGAGCCUACAUAGCUAGGGCUCACUUCAAAGCCCCUAGGUAAUCAAGGAUGACUGUGGAUUUCUGAUCCUCUUGCUUGUUCCUCUCCAUUGCUGAAAGUGAGCACACAUAGUACCACUCAUGCCCCGCCAGUUUAGGUGAGAAACAGGGCCUGGGGCUUCACGCACAGCAGGCACGUGAGCCACAUCCCCAGCCUCUUGCACCCUUUCUAAAACUAAACAACAUAAUUUAACUAUGACUAACCCUGGCAGCGCACCCCCACCUGGCAGCAAGGAUGACCACUGAGCAGUUGGAAGGGCUGGCUCUAAAAUCCUUCCGUGCUCUAUCAGGAUGGCAAGUCAUUCAAGUUUGUGCAGAGUCUCCGGUUCACCACCUGCAAAGUGAAGGUGCCGAGAAGAGCCUGCUGCAGUCAUGGAAGGGGAGCCCUGGGAGGAAGGAAGUACAUUUAGGGGAGGGUAAGGACGAAGCUUCACUAGGCUCUGAAGCAUUCGAUGGUGCCAGAUCAGCAAUGGAGGCUGUCGACGUGGCUCAAAAUCGAGGCUGGAAGCAGGAAAACCAGCCGCUGAUCUCACGCAACCUUAUUUUAUUUAUUUUUUGUUUUUUCAAGAUAGGGUUUCCUCUAUAGCUUUGGAGCCUGUCCUGGAACUAGCUAGCUCUGUUGACCAGGCUGGCCUCGAACUCACAGAGAUCCGCCUGCCUCUGCCUCCCGAGUGCUGGGAUUAAAGGCGUGCACCACCACCGCCCGGUGCAACCUUAUUUUAAACGUGAAGCUUAGAAGCCUGACCAACACUUGAAUUUGCCACUGCUCUUCCCUGGGAUCCUGAUUACAGAAACCCGGGAACCCUCCCCAGCUUCCCACAGCGUCCAGACUUGCUGAAGCUCAGGCCUUGGAAACAUCUGAAACUCAUGUAUAGAAUCCAGGUCAGGGCAGAGGCCCUCGCGUUAUAUAAUAAACUUUAAAACAAUCAGGUUAUCAGUUGGGUUCUAGACCAAAGUCGUGUCUGGAGACACUGUAAUGCUUGUAUUACAAUUCAAACACCUAGAAAACAAUUUGGUCAAGAUGUUACAAAAAAAAUAGUUUAGGCAAGAUGUGGACCAUGCAGAGAGCAUACUGUUAAAUUUUAAGGCACACGUGCGGUGGUUGACAUAGAAUAUUUUUCAGGAGACAACAAUGAAGUUCACUUUGUAGACCAGCUUACCUGUAACACGGUGAAAAAAACAAAACCUCAAACAAAGCACAUAGGCUGUGGACUUCAGGACUGUCCUGGGGUCCUUUGUUGUUUGUGCUUGAGACAGCUUCUCCCUCUGUGGCCCAAGCUGGCCUGGGCUUUGGUACCAAUCCUCCUGCCUCCGCCCUCCUAGUGCUGGGGUGGGAAGCAUGCGCUACUACACUUGGCUCACUGCAGUUAGAAGCGGGUGCUGUAGCUUGAGGUGGAGGGUAGAGAGCGGGACCUAAGUCACACACACACACACACACACACACACACACACACUGUAAUGAGCAUGGAAAUUGAUUCCUCUGAAUGAGUAGAAAAAGGGCAAUCUAUAGUGUAGGUAAAGUAGGAAAUCUAUAGUAUAAGGAUAAGUAUAAUAUAGAAAAUAGAAAAUUAAGUAAGAAAACUGUGUGAAGUAGAAAACUAUUAAGGUGAAAUAUUAAGAGAACAUUUUUGCCCACUUAGAGGCUGCAGCCAAUAACCUUGGUAACAAAAGUAAUCUUGCCACACGAGAAGGACCCCACCCUUCUGUGUCCAGUCAAUACCGAUAGCCUAGGACAUCUGGCUAUCAGAAGGAUCAGACUUAAUUUUCUAUUUUCUAUAUUAUACUUAUCCUUAUACUAUAGAUUUCCUACUCUACCUACACUGUAGAUUCCCCCUUUUCGAAUCAUUCAGAGGAAUCUGUUUCCAUGCUCAUUACACACACACACACACACACACACACACACACACACACACACAUCUCCAUUCUAAUGCUCUGAAGUGCUUAAAGCACCUACUAAAAGUUCACUAUUUUCAGGGGAAAAAAAAACUUUUUUUUUUUUUUUGAAAAAGCUUCUCCUCCUAGUCUUUUCUGAUUCAUUUCCUUCUUCUUUCAUCUCGGUUUUUGUAGGGGGGAUGACAGUCCCUCCCACAAAUGAGCUCAUUCCAACCAGAACCCAAGGCCAGUAUUUAUCUGUUAAAUCACAAACCCUUCCUUUCAGACCAGUUGACAGUUUCUAGUGGGAGUCUGGGAGAGGGACUAGAAAGGACCAGUGCUGGUUCUGACCUUUACCUCAUUUACCUGGUGCUGCAGUCACAGGCUGCCUUUUUCUGAGCAGCCGUGGACCCAUAUUCCCACUCCUAACUGGAGGGUCUGUCCCCUACGGCAGGGCUGUGGGCAGAUCAAGACGGAAGCUGGGGAUGCUGGGUUGUAAACAGAGCCCCCACACCCCACCCGCCCAAGACAGAUGGGAUCAUGGCUACUGAAUAAGAGAAAGCAAAGCCAGACCUCUCUCUUACAGUCUCCCCAAAUUUCUUUCUCCAAUUCCUCCUCCCCACUUCUAAAGUUUUCUACAUUGUAUUCGCCACACCUGAAUAAUAAAAGCCGAGGAACUGAACCGUUAAAAAACAGGAAGGGUCAAGAUAUAGUUACAUUCAAAUUACGGAGACAGGCAAAAGGAACACAAAUUCGGAGCCAAAUUUCUACUUCAGGUUUCAUCUACAUCAGUGACACAGUCUUAAACUUCGGUCUUUGGUCUUCCAAAAACAAGAAGGCAAAUGCUGUAUGUAUACUGUCAUUUGCCCCAGAGGCCACCGGAAAUGGCAUCACCUCCCCAGACACUGGCUUAUGAAAGUUCCAACACCCAGUGUUGAACUUAUUUACCCAGAAGACAGUCUGGGCCAUUCAGAUCUACAGCCAAGAAAGGACUCUAUCUAGGGACAAAAUCUGGAAUCAACGGAGAGACACCUUUUUAAAAAAAAUACCACCUGGGGUUUCAAUGACAAUUCCCAGACCCAGCUUGUGCAAAAGAGGGAGCUAAGAGGCGCCGCGCAGGGCAUCAUGGUUCGCCUGUUGGCCUCAGAAGUUCAGCAGCUUCUCCACAACAAGUAUGUGGUCGUCCUUGGGGACUCUGUACAUAGGGCGGUAUACAAGGACCUGGUGCUCCUGCUGCAGAAGGAUUGCCUGCUCAGUCACAAGCAGCUCAGAACCAAAGGGGAGCUGACAUUUGAAAAGGAUCAGCUGAUGAAGGGAGGCGAGCUGGACACCCUACACAACCGCACUGACUACCGCGAGGUGCGCGAGUUCUGCUCCGACCAUCAUCUGGUGCGCUUCUACUUCCUCACGCGCGUCUAUUCUGAGUACAUGGAGAGCGUCCUAGAGGAGCUGCAGUCGGGCACGCAUGCGCCAGAUGUGAUCAUUAUGAACUCUUGCCUCUGGGACGUCUCCAGGUAUGGGCGGAAUUCCUUGAGUAGCUACAAGCAGAACCUGGAGAACCUGUUUGGGCGCAUGGACCAGGUACUGCCCAAGUCAUGCCUGCUAGUGUGGAACACUGCCAUGCCUUUGGGUGACAAGAUCAAGGCGGCCUUCCUCCCUCAGAAGUGUAAGGGCCAGUACCGGAUCUCGGUGGCCACCCUGAAAAAAAGAGUGAGCCAAGCCAAUUUCUACAGCCAUGCUGAAGCAACCAAGCGCUGCUUCGAUGUGCUGGACUUAAAUUUCCACUUCCGGCAGGCCAAGAAGCAUCUGCAGGGAGAUGGGGUGCACUGGAAUGAGCAUGCACACCGCCGACUCUCCUACCUGCUGCUUGCCCACAUGGCUGAUGCUUGGGGGGUGGAUCUGCCCCACCGAGACCCAUGGGAGCCUGGUCCUGUGGUGUGGGAAAGUCCGAGUCAGGUAGAAGAAUGGCAGCCCCCAUUCAAUAGAGGUCCCCAGGCCUUUGCCUUGUCUCCACCCAUGCCUCUUCCCAGGCCACGCCCACUGUUCCCACCCCCUGGCUUGCCCUUAAGGCCCCCACCCCUCCUAGCAUGUUCCCUACCCCCACCUCAGGCGACACCCCCAUUACCACACUAUCCACAAGAUUCCUAUUUUUCCUCGGACCAUGUUUUCCAGUCAGAUGAAUUCUAUAUUCAUUCAGAGGACCCCUCACCUACCCACACAGGAUACACCUUUGAGGGUGACUUUAGUUUUUAUCCCCAACCACCCAUGCCCAACUUCCGCCCACCCUGUUACCAGCGCCAGGCCCCUGUGGUACAUAGGGGUUUCCCGAGGUAUCUUGCUCAUGGCCCCUAUAUGCCCUGGAGAGAGAGGCCCAGGCGACCUCAAAGACAUGCCCCAGCCUGCCUAGAGUCAAGGCCUCAGUAGCCUGACUUAAACCCCUUUACCUCUGGGUGGGGCUAUGUGAUGUUGACUUUCCCUUUUCAUGUCUCAGUCUCCACACACUGACCUUGCUACUUAAACCCAGCUAGUCCCAUGUUGGACGUCUCUGUGUUCACUGCUGUUAGAGACAAGGAAUAGCACACUGGCCCACUCCUGCUGCCUGAGGAGGUCUCUUUCCCCCAGUGACCAAGCAAGCAUUCUUACUACCUCCCCCCAUCGCUAUUCUUGUUGCCUUUUUGUAAAAAUAAAAUUGAAAUACAGAAAUUA